AGAACCAUGGUGCGGACCACGGAAGACCUCCACUUCCAGCUCCCAUCCCACGCGCAGGACAUGCUGGAUGGCCUGCUGCAGCUCCGCACGCAGCCCAAGCUGGCCGACGUCACCCUGCUGGUGGAUGGCCAGGAGCUGCCCUGCCACCGCGGCCUCCUGGCACUCAGCAGCCCCUACUUCCACGCCAUGUUCACGGGCGACUUCGCCGAGAGUUUCUCGGCACGCGUGGAGCUGCGGGACGUGGAGGCGGCCGUGGUGGGGCAGCUGGUGGACUUCGCAUACACGGGCCGGCUGACGGUGACACAGGCCAACGUGGAGGCGCUGACCCGCACGGCUGCACGCCUGCAAUUCCCGGCCGUGCAGGAGGUGUGUGGCCGGUACCUGCAGCAGCAGCUGGAUGCCGCGAACUGCCUGGGCAUCUGGGAGUUCGGGGAGCAGCAGGGCCUCCUGGGGGUGGCCUCCAAGGCCCGGGCCUUCCUGCAGGAGAACUUUGAGGCCGUGGCCCAGGAGGACGAGUUCCUGCAGCUGACCCCCGACCGCCUGUCCACGUGUCUGACCAGCGACCUGCUCCAGGCACAGCCAGAGCAGAGCCGUCUGGAGGCCCUGCUGCGCUGGGCACGCCACGACCCGCAGGCCCGGGCCCAGCACCUGCCCCUGCUGCUGAGCCUGGUGCCCCUGGAUGCGCUGCCCACACCCUGCAUGCAGCAGCUGCUGGCCACAGAGCCGCUGAUCCGAGCAUCGGAGGCCUGCCAGGCUGCCCUGUCGCAGGACCACAGUGGGGAGCUGCUGGCGCUCCCGCAGAAGCUGGAGGAGGUCCUGGUGGUGGUGGGCGGCCGCGCACUGGAAGAGGACGACGAGGGCACCCAGGAGCCUGCCCCCCACCUUGGCAACUUCGCCUUCUAUCACCCCAAAGCCAAGAACUGGAUGGCGCUCCCCGACUUCCCUGACUACCACAAAUGGGGCUUCUCCGUGGCGGCGCUCAACAACCAGGUCUACGUCACAGGCGGGUCCCGCGGCAGCCGCACCGACACGUGGUCGAGCGCCGAGGCCUGGCGCUUCCCGCUGCAGGAGGGCGCGUGGCGGCCCGCGGCGCCCAUGCUCAAGGCCCGCACCAACCACACGAGCGCGGCGCUCAACGGGGAGAUCUACGCCGUGGGCGGCACCACCCUGGACGUGGUGGAGGUGGAGCGCUACGACCCCUACACGGACGCCUGGACGCCCGUCAGCCCCGCGCUCAAGUACGUCAGCAACUUCGCCGCCGCCGGCUGCCGCGGCCGCCUCUACCUGGUGGGCUCCAGCGCCUGCAAGUACAACGCGCUCGCCCUGCAGAGCUACCACCCGGCCACCGACUGCUGGAACGUGAUCGCGUCGCCCUUCCUCCCCAAGUACGUGUCGUCUCCGCGCUGCGCGGCGCUGCAGGGGGACCUCUACCUGCUCGGGGACAACAGCAAGAAGGUCUACGUGUACGACCCCGAGGCCAACCUGUGGCAGAAGGUGCCGCCUCUGCACAGCCUGCACGAGAACGGGGCGCUGGUGCCCCUGGGUGACCGGCUCUACGUGACCGGGGGCCGCUGGCAGGGCCUGGAGGGCGACUACCGCGUGGAGAUGGAGGCCUAUGACCGCGGGCGCGGCGUCUGGGUGCGCCACGGCGCCCUGCCCCGCCUCUGGCUCUACCACGGCGCCUCCACCGUCUUCCUGGACGUCUGCAAGUGGACACAGCCCUUCCGGGCCCACCAGGAGCCCUGACUGCGGG